AUGGAGACUGGUCAUGUCCUGGGAGCUGGGGCCGUGCUGGUGGCACUGGUGGUGCUGGGAGCCCACCCGGCUCAUGGCGAGGAGACCACAGGGUAUUUCCAGGAUUACUUUAAAAGUCACUGUUACUUCAUCAACGGCACCGAGCGGGUGAGGGUUGUGUCGAGGUACAUCUACAACCGGCAGCAGUUACUGCACUACGACAGCGAUGUUGGGCUCUAUGUGGCCGAUGCUCCCCUGGGCGAGGACCAAGCCAAUUACUUCAACAGCCAGCCAGGCAUACUGGAGAAGAGCCGGGCUGAGGUGGACAGGUUCUGCCGACACAACUAUGCGGUGUUCGCUUCUUUAACCGUGGAGAGGAGAG